AUGAAUUUGAAUCUUUUAAGCACAGUUUUGUCAAUAUUAACAAUUAUUACAACAAUAGUUUAUUUGUACUGUAAACAUAAACUAGACUAUUGGAGGAGACGUGGCAUACCACAGUUAAAAAAGCCGAAUUUAUUAUUCGGCCACUUCAAAGACGCUGUGCUAUUUAAAAGUCCACCUGGGUUUUAUCUCGGAGAGCUGUACAAAAAAACCGAAUUACCAUUUGUCGGUUUUUACAUAUUUCACAAGCCCACACUAUUAUUACGUGACCCGGAAAUUAUUAAACAAAUUUUGAUAAAAGAUUUUAACAAUUUUUCUGAUAGAAAUUUCGCGGGGUCAGUUCAAAAAGACAGUAUUGGAAUGAAGAAUUUGUUCGGGCUAAGAAACCCUCAGUGGAAGUACUUAAGGUCUAAAAUCACACCGACUUUAACGCGUUUGAAACUAAAACAAAUGUUUGCAUUAAUGAUGAAAACUGGCGAGCCCAUGUUGGAGUAUAUCAAAAUGCAGGACACUCGAAACGGAGUCAAGGUUCUAGACACACAGGAACUAAUUUACAAGUACACAACAGAUGUACUGGCAAGUGUCGCCCUUGGUACAGAAAACAAUUCGUUCGAUGAACCCAAUACUGAAUUCACCAAAGCCGUCAGCAAAUACUUCCACUGCUUUAAACGCAUGGUAGCACUUUUAACAGUGUUCUUUGUGCCAGAACUGAUUAACAUAAUCGGAAUGCCAGUUCUUUACGACUCGGAGUUCAUCAAGAAGGUCUUUUGGGAAGCCAUGGAGAAGAGAGAGAAGGGUGGAGAAAGUAGAGGAGAUUUUAUCGAUUCUUUGCUGAAGCUGAAGAAUCAGAAACAGGACCCGAUUUACAAAUUAGAAGGCGAGAACCUUCUUUUCCAAGCAGGGACGUUCUUUGGCGGCUUCGAGUCGUCCUCUACCGUCGCAUCGUUCACUCUACUACAACUGUCUAGAAGUGCAAAGUUUCAAGACUUAGCAAGAAAAGAUGUAUUAAGAGCGAUAGAGAAAAACGGUUGGACUUAUGAGAGUUUCAAUGAGAUGAAAUUUUUGGACCUCUGUAUAGCUGAAACUGUUCGAAUGAACCCUCCAGUUGCUACCGUCGACAGGCUAGCAAAGGAGGAAUAUAAGAUACCUGGUACAGAAGUGACCAUUGAAAAAGGUACAUCGGUCUACAUAUCUCUAUAUGGACUGCAUAGAGAUCCGAAAUACUUCGACAAACCGGAUGUGUUCGAUCCAUAUCGAUUUGAUGGCAAUAAUUUCCCCGACGCUUACAUUCCUUAUGGCGCUGGACCUAGAAUGUGCAUUGGUAUGAAAGUAGGGCAGCUGCAUGCAAAACUGAUAACCGCCAUGAUACUGUCACAAUACGAGAUCUACCAAAACGAAGACGUGAGAAACAGGCUGGAUGCAAGGUCCACAUUAACAGCAGCAUGUGGCGGGAUACAGAUGGAAUUUAGGAGAAUUACAGUUUGAAACUAGGUAACAGAUCCAUCGUCAAACUGAAGAAUGUAAUUUUAUUUAUUUUUUAUUAAUUUUUUUAUUUAUUUAUUUAUAUCAGGUAACAAAAAGACCCUUGUAUA